AUGCCUCGUGCCAGAACACUGCUGCUUCUGCUCCUUGUCGUCACUGUCUUCGCCGGGAGCUUCAGCGCCUCUGAAUCCAUCGGGGACGGAGGCAAGGUCUACGUCGUGUACCUGGGGCAUCUACCGGCCAGCACGGAUGGGUCAGAGCCUGAAGGUUUCUCUGCUGUAGAGUUUGCUCAUCACGACCUGCUGAACCAGGUCCUCAACGACGGCAGCUCUGCUUCAGACAGGAUACUCCGUAGUUACAAGAGAAGCUUAAAUGGCUUCGCUGCCAAGCUAAGUGAAGAAGAGGCGCAUAAACUUUCUGGCACGAAUGGCAUUGUCUCAGUCUUCCCAAGUAGGACCCUUAAGCCUUUGACUACAAGGUCUUGGGACUUCUUAGGCUUCCCUCAAACGCCCAAGGAAGAGCUACCACUACAGGGAGACAUCAUCAUUGGUAUGCUUGACACUGGUGUGUGGUCUGACUCGCCAUCCUUCUCUGAUGAAGGCUUUGGCCCACCGCCGAGCAGGUGGAAGGGUACAUGCCACAACUUCACGUGCAACAAUAAAGUUAUCGGCGCUCGGGCAUAUCAAAAUGGGGUGACUGGCUUGUCGCCGCUGGACGAGUUGGGCCACGGGAGCCACACGGCGUCCACCGUGGCCGGCCGGGCGGUGGGCAACGUCAGCUUCGGCGGGCUGGCCGUCGGCGUGGCCCGUGGAGCCGUGCCGGGCGCCAGGCUCGCCAUCUACAAGGUGUGCUGGGAUGACGGGGGCUGCCGGGACAUGGACAUCCUGGCUGCGUUCGACGACGCCAUCGCGGACGGCGUCGACGUCAUCUCCUUCUCCAUCGCGACCAGGUUCCCUUUCUACUACUUCAAGAGCCCGCAGGCCAUCGGGUCGUUCCACUCCAUGAGGCGCGGCGUGGUCACGUCUGCAUCGGCCGGCAAUUCCGGACUCAGCGGCGGCCGCGUCUGCAACGUCGCGCCGUGGAUGCUGUCCGUCGCCGCCAGCAGCAUCGACCGCCGGUUCGUCGACAGGGUCGUGCUGGGAAACGGCAAGACCAUAGUGGGAUCAUCCGUAAACACCUUCCCGCCGGUGAACAAUGUGACACUGGCAUUCCCCAUCGAUGGUUCGUGUGAUCCAGAUGAUCUCGUCGGAGAUUCAUACAAAGGGAAGAUCCUACUCUGCCCGGUCGAGGACGGCUUUCGAACCAAUAUAUCUGCAGGUCCGCUCUUGGCUGGCGCAGCAGGAGUCAUCGCUGCUGGCAUAGCACCAGAUGCCGCCUUCAUCUAUCCAUUACCCGCGCUCGUGGUAUCUGAGAGCCAGUUCGAUGAAAUCUUGGCCUAUGCCAACAGCACGAGCGACCCUGUGGGUACCAUAGAAAGAACCUACACGAUGGGGAACGCACAAGCUCCAAUUGCCGCCUCUUUCUCUUCUCCUGGCCCAAACCUGGUCACUCCUGAGAUCCUCAAGCCUGAUCUAUCUGCACCGGGAGUGGACAUCAUAGCCGCUUGGUCUCCACUGUCACCGCCGUCGGACGAUCCCAAAGAUCAAAGGAGGGUCCAGUACAGUAUUAACACGGGCACAUCCAUGUCGUGCCCACAUGCAAGCGGCGCCGCAGCCUAUGUCAAGUCCGUCCACCGUGACUGGUCUACAGCGAUGAUCAUGUCUGCUCUCAUCACUACAACCACUCCGAUGAACACGCCGGGCAAUGCCGGAACAAACGACCUCAAGUACGGCGCCGGGCAGCUCAACCCAACCAAGGCACGCGACCCAGGGCUCGUGUACGACGCGUCGGAAGGCGACUACAUCGCCAUGCUGUGCACGCAGGGGUACAACGCCACGCAGCUCGCGCUCAUCGUUGGCUCCAACACCACAGCCUGCUCCAAUGGCUCUACCUCGACAGCGGCCGCCUCCGCUGGUGACCUCAACUAUCCGAGCAUGGCUGCCCGAGUGGAGCCUGGGAAGAACUUCACCUUGGCCUUCCCACGGACCGUCACCAACGUCGGAGCUUCAGGGGUGGCCGCCGUGUAUGACAUGAAGGUAAUUUUUACGGAUCCAGCAGAUAACCUCGCGGUUGCUGUUGCACCAUGCAGGCUGGAGUUCAACACGCAGACACCGAAGGUCUCGUUCACCGUGACGGUGUCCGGCAUGGUGCCCGCGGCUGGCCAGGUCAUCUCGGCUGCCAUCGUGUGGUCUGACAACGAGCACGAAGUGAGGAGCCCAGUGGUGGUGUACACAGACUCUGAUGAUUGA